AACGUCAGGCGAGCUGCCCGGGCGCAGGCUGGUCCCGGGCCUGCAGCAGGAGCCAGGCGAGGGAGGGCGCCAGCUUCAACAUAAGCGGCUCCCUCGCUCCCUCUCCACAUCAGUCUUUCGCAUGAAAUUCGCUUACGUCCCUUUGGGAAGAGCGGCAAGGACGGCGAGUUUCAGGUGCUGGUGUGCUUGGGAGCCAGAGAUCACCUUCUGCAUCGCUGGAUCGCCCUGCUGGCUGACUGCCCCGUCACUGCACGCGUGUGAGGACGUGGCGCUGACCAAAGACCACACCCUUGUCAGUUCCUUGACCCGCGUGCUGCAGACAUCGCAGGAGUUCGACACCGCGCUGGAGACGUCCCUGGUCAAGGGCAUCGACAGCUGACCCCCCAGCACCAGCCAACAGCAGGACACUUCUGUUUUCAGACCUCCUCCUGUGUCAACAGUUUCUCAAAAUAAGCAGCUCAAAUUAAUCCUCAUGCCAAAGAGGUGUGUUUUGGAGUGGCAUACCCUGGUCUCCUACAGUCAUAUUUUGGGGUGGCAUAUUUUCAUAUCCUAUAAGCUGUUAGUAUAAAUGGUAGAUUAAAGACCUCUGAAAAUAAUUUCCUUCAUAAAAGCAAUGAGAAUACAGGCAAAACUU